UUUACUAAAACGAGAUGAAGUCAUCAUGCUUGCAAGUGUGAAUUAGUAGUUUUGAGUUCAAGUCCUAGUACCCCACAUGGCAAGUCUUGAAUCAGACUUAAUGGUUGUCUCUACCACGUUCCAGAAAACAGGCUGGAACUGCAAGGUGCCAGGAGCAGAAAAGAAUGGGAGAUUCACAUGCAAAUGAUCAUGACCACAUAAACAAGCAACCAGAAUAGAAAUAAUCAUGAAAUAGCAAAAUCAUAAAUAUUAGAGUAGCCUUUGAACUUAGGCAGUUCAUGGACAAGUAAAACUCCGUGGAAUCUCCCGCAUCUUCAAUACCCACCAGACAGUGUGCUGCUACAUUCAGUUUCAUUUGAAAAUCAAGGCAACGACUCGGGAGGAAAAAGCAGUAAAAUUCCAACCCUAGGUGGCAUGUAACAGCGUCUGCUCUAGGGUGCUAGUGACCUGCCUGGAGGAACUGCCACAGAUUUGUAGCUAAGUGUCCCGCAUUUGGGGAGAUGUUGGCGGGUGUCCUACGUUUGGAGAGAUGGAGAUGGGUGUCCCGAGUCUGGGGGAAUGUAGGAGUGUGUCCCGCGUGUCUGGGGUGGAUAAGCUGCUGGUCCUACUAGUCUCGGUAACCUUAGCUGAUGGGUGGCCAACAGAGCCCUCCAGACAAUCGGGCCGCCGGGUGUGGCCUGGGUCACUCGGGUCCGCCCUAGAGCCCCAGGCCAAGGUGUCGCGGCUGCUCCCGGGCGCCCCCUGGCCCACUUUGGGCGCCCGAGGUUUCCGGUGCGCGGCCGCCGGCGGUGACGCCUUGCUGCUUGGGAGCAGCUGCUGCUUCUUCACAACCCAGCUGCAGGCCUGUGGAAAUCCAAUCCAGCCAUACACGAGUGGCCCGUGCUCGGCAGUUUUGUGCGAAAGGACGCAAUAGCCUCACCUACUAAAGCUUCCAUUUGCUGGAACUGGGCAUCCACCCAUCCCUGCCAAGUCUUGCGAGAGGACUCAACUCCAGGAAGACUUUCUGCCAGACCCCGAGGUUGUACUUUCAUGCUCCACAGCCACCAUCACCCAGCGUAUGCAAGUGGGUCUGCAGGUUGCUAUGUUCAUGCUGCUUGUCUUUGGAGUAUUGCUUCAUGAAGUCCCACUGAGUAGCCAAGAUGAGGCUCAUUCUGAGGCUGACAGUGUGCCAGGCAAAGCCCUGUAUGACUACUCCAGCCUCCGCCUCCCAGAGAAGCACAUUCCCUUCUUCUUGCACAAUAACAGGCACAUUGCCUCUGUCUGCAAGGAGGAUUCCCGUUGUCCAUAUAAGAAACAUCUAGGAAAUCUAAACUACUGCUGGGGUUAUGAAAAAUCCUGCAAACCAGAGUUUAGAUUUGGUUACCCUGUUUGCAGCUACGUCGACAUGGGAUGGACAGACACUCUGGAGUCAGCAGUGGACAUGUUCUGGAAGCAAGCUGACUUUGGCUAUGCCCAAGAGCGACUGGAGGAGAUACGCAUGCUCUGUCAGCCAGAGAGAACAGGUGACUCAAGUCUGGUUUGUUCCCGGCACCUUCAGUAUUGCAGAGCUACUGGCCUGUACCUGGACUUAAGAAGCAUCAAGAGGACUCAAGACAGAUUCAAGGAAGAUUUUCUCCAGGGUGGUGAAGUUGGUGGACACUGUAAACUGGACAGGCAUGCGUUGCUGUCUGAAGGUCAGCGCAAAAGCCCUCUGCAGUCUUGGUUUGCUGAGCUACAGGGCUAUACUCAACUCAAUUUCAGGCCUAUAGAAGAUGCUAAGUGUGACAUCGUUGUUGAAAAACCAACAUAUUUCAUGAAAUUAGAUGCAGGUGUUAACAUGUACCACCACUUCUGUGAUUUUCUUAAUCUCUACAUCACGCAGCAUGUUAACAAUUCCUUCAGUACAGAUGUGUACAUCGUGAUGUGGGACACCGAAGGAGAUGCACUUGGCAAACACAUUAGGACAGGUUCCCACGGAGAAGCAGCUGCCAUGGAGUAUAUGAGCAUGAAGUCUGAGGCCACAGACUGGAGCACUUAUGGAUAUGGUGACCUGUUCUCGGAUACCUGGAAAGCAUUUACCGAUUAUGACGUCAUACAUUUGAAAACCUAUGAUUCCAAAAAGGUGUGCUUUAAAGAAGCCGUGUUUUCAUUGCUGCCCCGCAUGCGGUAUGGGUUGUUCUAUAAUACGCCUCUGAUCUCUGGCUGUCAGAACACUGGUUUGUUCAAGGCCUUCUCCCAGCAUGUGCUGCAUAGGCUGAACAUCACUCAAGAGGGACCCAAGGAUGGGAAAGUUCGAGUUACCAUUCUUGCACGUAGCACAGAAUACCGGAAAAUAUUGAACCAAAAUGAGCUGGUGAAUGCACUAAAAACAGUAUCUACAUUUGAGGUCCGGAUUGUUGAUUACAAGUACAGAGAGCUCGGGUUUUUAGAUCAGCUGAGGAUCACACACAACACGGACAUAUUUAUUGGCAUGCACGGAGCCGGCCUUACCCACUUACUUUUCCUUCCAGAUUGGGCUGCUGUAUUCGAGCUGUACAACUGUGAAGAUGAGCGCUGUUAUUUAGACCUGGCCAGGCUCAGAGGCGUCCACUACAUCACCUGGCGGAAGCCCAGCAAAGUGUUUCCUCAAGACAAGGGGCACCAUCCAACGCUGGGAGAACACCCGAAGUUUACCAAUUACUCUUUUGAUGUAGAAGAGUUCAUGUACCUUGUCCUUCAGGCUGCAGAGCACGUUCUGGGACAUCCACAGUGGCCAUUUAAGAAGAAACAUGAUGAACUGUAGAAAUGUUAUGUUCGUUUACAAGAAGAGAGUGUUUAAACACCCUCACAUCUAGACUCACGAUCAAAGGAGCCAAUAACCUGUCAUAGCCUACUGCAAGAGGAAACAUGACGUUUUACUUUUGAAUAUAGCUCAGGCUGGCCUUGAACUAACAAGCCUCUGGACCUCCUGUGUGCUGGGAUUACAGGUGUAUACCACCAUGCCUGUCUGUAAAAUUUACUUUUUCUGUAUGAAAACGUACUUUCAGGAUAUUUUGUCUUUAAGUGUUUCAUGUGUGUAUUGUGUCAUUGCUAUUUACUGAUAGCAAUAUUAUUUUUGCACUGAAAAAAGUUACUUUUAUAGUUCAAAGUUGGGCAGGUGCCCCUGGUGUUGCAGAGCUUUCCUGUUGGGACCAAAGUUGUCGACCUAAGCAGCUUUAGAAUCUAUAAGUGUGUUUGUUAACUCUAACAUGAUUGUAUAGUUCCAAAAUCUUCCACCUUGUUAUUUAUCUACUCGGUUUGAUAUUUUCAUUGUCUGUUCAUAAUUGUGGUUAUAGACCAGUGUUUAGUCGGCUUCAGGUUAUGUGCAUCAAGAACCUGAAUCAAUCAUGCGGUUGUAUUGAUUUGUGCUCACAUAUCUCCUUUCAAUCAUGCUCUCCCGUAAUGUAAUGGCCGUGUUAAUAAGAACCCAGCAGAACAUUCUGCAGUACCAUCUCUGUAGACCCAUCAGCCGUGAGAACAUUCAUGUUGACAUGACAUGAAGUCAUCGUUUCCAUCGGGCAAGCAUUUGUAAGCACAUGCAGCUGUGUGCAUCUACCUCCGGCAGGGGAAAGCAGCCCUAACAGUGGUAAAAAUGCAAAUAUUACAAAAUGGCCACAUAAAGAGACUCUUCCUAUUUUUUUUUAAAUAGGACCAUAAAACAAAACAAACAGCAGAGCUGUGAAUGACCCAAUCGAAAUGAAAAGGCUCAGAAAGUGGCACUGUUUAAAUGGGAUGCGCGAGCAGCGGGCUUGUCCUUGAACGGCUUCAUGUCUGACUGUUGAUGGGCGUCCAGCUUGGCAGUCAGAAACCACGGGUUUGUUCUACUGUACAGUGUGAUAUUUGUAUCUUAUUAACAUUUGAGUUGUCUCGCAGAGAAACUGCUUUUCAUUUUUACAGUGGACUAAACAAACUGCAGCCAAGGAUUUUAUUUUUAAAUUUUAGAGAAGUGAGCUCCUCCCUCCCAAAAAAACCCGAAAUAUUGGUAACUGUGCCUCCUCAGCAGUUUACUGCCUUUUGCUUUCAGGGCUUGGUAACUGAGCUGUUAACUUUAUUUAUUAAAAUAUCGUUAAAGAAAAUAGUGACCCACUAUAGGUGAGACUUCUGUUUGGGUUUUAAGAGUCUUUAGAAAGAACUGUAACUUUGGGAACUAUUAAAUGACAGGGUUGCUGCUGUUGUUUAUGCAGUGUACUAAGUGGUCAGUAAGAGGAGGCAUGGAGGGGCAUGUUCUACAGGAAAGGGUCUCUAAGGAGGAGCGUGUUCUCCGUGUUGUCCGAAUCAUGGAGGGUAAACAUCUGAAGACUGCCUCUGGAAAGUCAUUUGAAUUUUCAUCCUCUUACCUCAUUCCAAGCAAUACAGGGACCCAUGCUUCCACAGACUACCAGGAACUUCAGGAACUGAGAACAAUUUCUUAGGAAAACUAUAUUUGGCCUGGUUGCCAUGUCACACGUCUUUAAUCCCAGCGCUCGGGAGACAGAGACAGGUGGAUCUCUGUGAUCUCAAGGCCAGGCUGGUCUACAAAGCGAAUUCCAGAACAGCCAGGGCUACACAGAGAAAUCCUGUCUCAAAAAAACAAAAACCAACCAAACAAAACAAAAAAGCUAUAUUUUAAGAUUUUGCAAAGACAGAAUAUAUGUUAUAUAAAUAAGAAAGUUGUUUAAAAUUUUAAUUAUGGGGCUAACUCUUAUCACAUUUUUUGUGGGAGCAGACCAUCUUCGAAUUGUAAAAUGUAGACAUAACUCUUUUUAUCAUGUCUGUAAGGAUAUGCAUGGCUGUGGAAUAAAACUUUCUAUAUUUUAUUUAAAUAUCUGAACAUCU